AGGAUGGCUUUUCAACGGGACAUUAAGUUUUGGAACGUGUUCGUUUUCAUGGAGACUUGGCUCGACCCCUCGAUCCCGGAUUCCUCUAUUAUUCCCGAGGGGGUCUCUAUUCACCGUCAGGACCGGACAACAAACUCGGGGAAGAGCAAGGGAGGAGGUGUCUGCUUCAUGGUGAACAAUCUCUUGUGCUCGGAUGUGGAGAUUAUUUCUUCGGGCUGUUCUCCGGACCUGGAGCACCUCAUGAUCAGAUGCCGCCCUUAUUACAUCCCAAGUGAGUUUACAUCGGUCGUUAUAACAGCGGUGUACAUUCGGCCACAUGCCCACACCAACCAGGCACUGGACGAGCUGCAUGCGAUGAUUGACAGGACAGAAAGAUCACGGCCCGAGGCUGCAUUUAUUGUGGCCGGGGAUUUUAACAACGCCAAGAUGAGGAAAGUCCUGCCGAGAUACUACCAGCACAUCAGCUGUCCGACGCGCUGCGUCAACACACUUGACCAUGUUUACACUCCCUUAUGCGGUGCGUAUAAGGCCCUCCCCCGCCCCCCAUUUUGCAAAUCAGAUCACGUUUCAGUUCUGCUGCUGCCUUCCUAUAGGCAGAAACUCAAGCGUGACAGACCGGUGACUCGGACCAUUCAGUGGUGGUCCGACCAAUCAGAUUCGGCUCUUCAGGACUGCUUCAGCAUGACGGAGUGGUGCGUGUUCCAGGAUGAUGACAUCAACACGUACACAGACGCGGUCAUCUGCUACAUCAGCAAAUGCAUCGAUGACGUCGUACCCAGGAUUUCUGUACAAACAUUUCCAAACCAGAAGCCCUGGAUUAAUGGUGACGUCCAUGCUAAACUCAAAGCAGGGACUGUUGCCUACAUCUCAGGGGAUCUGGAGGAAUACAGUAAAUCCAGGUAUGUGCUCCGGAGUGCUAUUAGCAGUGCUAAGAGACUCUACAGGGACAAAGUGGAGUCCCAUUACAAGGGCUCCAACACAAGGAACAUGUGGGCCGGACUGAGAACUAUCACAGACUACAAAGCCAAGACCAGUAGUGCUGAUGUAGUGUCUGCAUCUCUCCCAGAGGAUCUGAACACUUUUUAUGCACGCUUCGAGAGCAGCCCCCCGGCUGUGGAGAUCGAACAGGCCCAGGAGGACCGCUGCCCCCCGUCAUAUCCAGGGCAGACGUGUGGAGAUCUCUUAACCGGAUCAACACACGCAAGGCACCUGGACCUGAUGGCAUCCCUGGCCGAGCUCUCAAGGUGUGUGCAGAUCAGCUGGCAGAUGUGUUCACAGACAUCUUCAACCUGUCACUGCUCCAGUCUGUAGUCCCUGCAUGUCUCAAGAAGACCAUCAUUGUCCCUGUUCCCAAGAAAACUAAAACCCUCUGCCUGAAUGACUACCGCCCAGUAGCACUCACUUCCAUCAUCAGAAUCAGGUUUAUUGGCCAAGUAAGUUUGCACAAACAGGGAAUUUGACUCGGUAAAGUGGCUCUCAGGUGCUUACACAGAAUACACUUCACAAAAACAAACAUAACAAAACAAAGCAAAACAAAACAAUACAAACAGUCCGAACAGUGCGACGGUCUAAGAAAAGAAGUGCAGGUGUGCAUAUUACAAUUAUCCAGUGAGGGUGAAGUAAGUAAACAUAAUUAAAUAUAAUUAUAAUAUAUAUUAUAUAUAAUAUAAAAUAAUUUCGGGAGUAACUGUUGGUUAUUAUAAGGAUCCAGAGUUAUUGCACAGUGCCAGAGUGGGUUGGCUGUUCAGUAGUGAGACGGCGAGGGGGAAGAAACUUUUUUUGUGUCUGGUGGUUUUGGUGAACAGCGAUCUGUAGCGCCUACCAGAGGGGAGGAGUUGGAAAAGGUUGUGUCCAGGGUGAGAGGGGUCUGCAGUGAUCUUUCCUGCCCGUUUCCUGACUCUGGAGGUGUACAGGUCCUGGAUGGUGGGCAGGUUGGCACCGAUGAUCUUUCCUGCAGACCUGACAGUCCGUUGGAGUCUGUUCUUAUCCAAUUCAGUGGCCGAUCCAAACCAGAUAGUUAUGGAUGUGCAGAGAACAGACUCGAUGACUGCUGUGUAAAACAGGAUCAGCAGCUCCUGAGGCAGGUUGUGCUUCCUAAGCUGGCGCAGGAAGUACAACCUCUGCUGGGCCUUCUUGAUGACUGUAUUUAUGUUGGGUUCCCACUUCAGGUUCCGGGAGAUUGUGGAUCCCAGAAACCUGAAUGAUUCCACAGCCAACACAGUACUGUUGAGUAUGGUGAGGGGGUCCAACCAUUCAUCACCUCCUUCCUCCCUGACUCUCUGGACCCUCUUCAGUGUGCCUACAGGUCAAAUAGGUCAACUGCAGAUGCCAUCUCCCUCACCCUGUGAGAAUGCUGUUCAUCGACUACAGUUCAGCAUUCAACACCAUUGUGCCCCUGAAGCUCAUCACCAAGCUCAGAGACCUUGGGCUCAAUAUCGCCCUCCGUGAGUGGAUCCUGAUCUUCCUGACGGGCAGACCACAGGCGGUGCGGAUCGGCAGCACCACAUCCUCCACCCUGGCUCUCAACACCAGUGCCCCCCAGGGCUGCAUGCUCAGUCCUCUCCUGUACUCCCUGUUCACGCAUGACUGCGUGGCCACCCACAGCUCCAACACCAUCGUCAAGUUUGCUGAUGACACCACUGUCCUAGGCCUGAUGAGAGAGACGAUGAGAGAGAGCCCUGACAUCUUGGUGUCAGGACAACAACCUCCAUCUCAACAUCAGCAAAGCGAAGGAGCUGAUUGAAGACUACGGGAAGAGACAAGGAGUGGAACACGCCUCCCUCUUCAUCAACGAGACCACGGUGAAGCGAGUCAGUAGCUUCAAGUUCCUGGGGUCCACGUCACUGAUGACCUGACCUGGAUGGGUAUCACACAGACUCCAUCAGGAAGCGGCUCUUCUUCCUCCGCAGGCUGCACUUCUACAGGUGCACCAUAGCAAGCAUCCUGACUGGCUGCAUCACCGCCUGGUAUGGCAGCUGCACCGCCCUGAGCCGUAAGGCUUUACAGAGUGUGGUGAAGUCUGCCCAGCACAUCACCAGUGUUGCCAUCCAUGGAGGACCUCUACACCCAGCGGUGCAGGAAGAAGAGCAGCCGGAUUUUUAAAGACCCCUUUCACCCCAGCCAUUAACAUUUUUGCCUGCGGCCUGCUGCUGUCUGGCCGACGGUACCGCAGCAUCCGGACCCGCACCACCAUGCUCAGAGACAAUUUCAUCCCCCAGGCCAUAAGACUUUUAAACUCCUCUGAACUGCAAUAACUCUGUCAACCAGCACCGUGGCAUAUUUGCACUAUUGUUGUUUUAUUUUUCUCUUCAACUGUAAAUAUAUAUAUUCAUAUAUAUAUAUAUAUAUUCAUAUAUAUAUAUAUAUGAAUAUAUAUAUAUUAUUUUCUAUUUAAAAAUGUUGAUAUUCUAUUUGAUACUAUUUUAUACUAUUUCAAAUUUUUUUUGGUUGUAAUUACUUAAGAAUUGCUAGAAUAGAGCCUGUGACUCAAGCAUUUCAUUGCCUGCGACUGCUUAAUGUUAUUGUUGUGCAUUUGACAAUAAAAAUCUUGAAUCUUGAAUCAAUCCAAAUGUUAAAUCAGGCUUAAAAUAAAUAUUAAAUCUGAAUUUGUAGCUUUCAUGGAUUUCAAUUAUGUAAGUUAGUGUGCUACAAUGAAUAACAUUGUAAUACCAUGAGCAAAGGUCAAUGCUAUGAAAAAAAUUAGAAACAGUGCAAUUUAUUUCAACAUUUGCCUGUCAAGCUCAUCAAAGAUAAUAUGUUGGAAUGGAGAGAGUGGCAUGACAGUUUUCUAAGAGAAGUCUUUCUGCUGAAACCCAAACACUGUGCCUCACAUAAAGCAUAUCAAUUGUGUCAUCACGUAUCAAAGCCCCAAAAUACUGGCAAAUUCAGCACCAUAUUCACAUGUCCAUGGCAUACUAAGCUGUUGACUCUGCUGAAAUUCCCUCAUAAUUUAAACUUCCAUUGUUGUUAUUAAUCUUUCUCAGUAUUCCAUAAAAACACUCAACACUUUUAUCCAAAGGGACUUACAAUAAGUUCAUUCAAUUAUGAAGGUACAAACACAGAACAGCAAAAUCAUGUAAGAAUAUUAACUUAACACCAGAAAGAAUAAACUGAUCCCGUCACAUACUCAUCCCAUAUAAAAGUACUAUUUUAAAACUGUUAUAACGGCUGCUUCGAAAGUGAAAAGGACAAUUGUGAAGUUUUACUCUGAAAACGUCACAUCAGUCGUUAACGUCAUCACCUGAGGGCUCGUCCGAUCACAGCCUCGUUGAUGAAGCGUCCGUCUACCGCAGACAAAAAACGUCAUGCUCGUCUUUUGCAAGGUCCGAAGAGUGACUUUGUUUUCGAGGUAAAAAACCUUCUGAAGUCGACAAGACACUGUUUCCCUGGAGGAGAGGAUGAGUGCAUUGGAAAGCAAAGCCGCGGGCCCAGUGUGGAGUUCCGGAUUUGCAGUGCGGAAAAUGACGCCAUUGUAUGUAAGUUACUGUUUAGGAAUUGUGUUUUUUUGCUGUGGAUCUUCCAACGGGGAUGUAGCGAGGCUAUUUCCGUUUAUUAAUAAUAUCCUCAUGCUACUCAUGUUGUUUUCCAGCUAACUGUACUAAGACACACUAUGAGCCAGUAUGACAGAAACUUCCCGUACUUCCAACCAGACCAUGCAGCUCUUGCAGCAGCAUUGAGAAGUUCAGGAGUCGACAGAGAAGAAAGAUGAGGGACAGAUGACAUGGAUCCAUCCUUCCACAGCCAGGAGCUCAGCGACCUGUGUGCCACACUUCAAAUAAGACUGGAAGCUACACUGGAUCUCACAGCUACACACCACAUACAGUGCCUUGCAUAAGUAUUCACCCCCUUUGGACUUUUCUACAUUUUGUCAUGGUAUAACCACAGAUUAAAAUUUAUUUCAUCGUGAGUUUAUGUAAUGGACCAACACAAAAUAGUGAAUCAUUUGGAAGUGGGGGGAAAUAUUACAUGGAUUUCACAAUUAUUUACAAAUAAAAAUCUGAAAAGUGUUGAGUGCAUAUGUAUUCACCCCCUUUACUGUGAAACCCCUAACAAAGAUCUGAUGCGACCAAUUGCAUUCACAAGUCACAUUUGCAAGUCACAUAAUUAGUAAAUAGGGUCCACCUGUCUGCAAUUUAAUCUCAGUAUAAAUACACCUGUUCUGUGACGGACUCAGAGUUUGUUGGAGAUCAUUACUGAACAAACAGCAUCAUGAAGACCAAGGAGCUCACCAAACAGGUCAGGGAUAAAGUUGUGGAGAAAUAUGAAGCAGGGUUAGGUUAUAAAAAAAUAUCCAGAGCUUUGAACAUCUCUCUGAGCACCAUAAAAUCCAUCAUAAGAAAAUGGAAAGAAUAUGGCACAACCGCAAACCUACCAAGAGGAGGCCGUCCACCCAAACUGAAGAGUCGGACAAGGAGAAAAUUAAUCAGAGAAGCAACCAGGAGGCCCAUGGUUACUCUGGAGGAGUUGCAGAGAUCCACAGCUGAGGUGGGAGAAUCUGUCCACAGGACAACUAUUAGUCGUCUACUCCACAAAUCUGGCCUUUAUGGAAGAGUGGCAAGAAGAAAGCCAUUGUUGAAAGGGAUCCAUAAAAAAUCCUGUUUGGAGUUUGCCAGAAGCCAUGUGGGAGACACAGCAAACAUGUGGAAGAAGGUGCUCUGGUCAGAUGAGACCAACAUUGAACUUUUUGGCCUCAAUGCAAAACGCUAUGUGUGGCGAAAACCCAACACUGCCCAUCACCCUGAGCACACCAUCCCAACAGUGAAACACGGUGGUGAUAGCAUCAUGCUGUGGGGAUGCUUCUCUUCAGCAGGUACAGGGAAACUGGUCAGAAUAGAGGGAAAGAUGGAUGGAGCCAAAUACAGGGAAAUCCUUGAAGAAAAUCUGAUGCAGUCUGCAAAAGACUUGAGACUGGGGCGGAGGUUCAUCUUCCAGCAGGACAAUGACCCUAAACAUACAGCCAGAGCUACAAAGGAAUGGUUUGGAUUAAAGAAUGUUAAUGUCUUAAAAUGGCCCAGUCAAAGCCCAGACCUCAAUCCAAUAGAGAAUCUAUGGCAAGACUUGAAGAUUGCGGUUCACAGACGGUCUCCAUCCAAUCUGACUGAGCUUCAUCUUUUUUGCCAAGAAGAAUGGACAAACCUUUCCAUCUCUAGAUGUGCAAAGCUGGUAGAGACUGUGACAGGAAUUUUACCAUUUGGGCAUUGAUUGAUGGAAGGAACUACUUUGAUGUAUAGAAAGAUGAGCAAAUGCAGUCCCUUAGGAAUCAGGGUGUUUUGCUUAAGCAAUUGAUGGUUAUAUUACUUCCUAACUUACAGGGUCACUUAACAAACACUUCACAGGGAGGGGGAUGUUAGUGGGUUGUAAAACACUGAUAAGCGAUCCUUGAAAACAGAUGUUUGACUCGAGGGGCUUGAGACCAAGUAGAAGACAGGAUACUGAUCACCUAUUUCUAAGGAUCAAAGAGGUUAAUUGAUAACAUGUGUUCCUCUCCAGGAGGAGCUUGUAACUGUAUAAGAGGGAUGUGUGUUCUGUAUGUCAUUGCUCAUUGUAUGAAAUCUUUGCCAUGGUCUUGUACACUGAUGCCCAUCUGCAGAUGCUGAAUUAAACUACCAGAAAGAACAAUUGCAAUGACUUGUGCUUGACUAUAGAGAAAAUUCUACGACAAUUUGGCGUUGUCGGCAGGAUAACUUAUGUGAGAGGACGUUCUGGAUCUCAAAGCUGAAGGUAAAUAGUGCACAAAAGAGUCUAAAAGACUCUUACCUCAACCUCCCUAAACAGUUUGGAGACGUGAGGACUGGAUGCUGAAGAGAAGGGAUGCCCUCUCACUGAAGUGAUCUAUGCGGACCGAGCACGACAAGCAAACAGUUUCUUUCUGGUGAGUAAAAUUCUGAUUUCGAAAAAUAAACUAGGUUUAUAAGGGUUAAGAGAUUCACUCAUUUGUCAAAGUGAGGAGCAGACGUGCUUACAUAGCAAGGUUUUGGAAACCGGUGUAGAAUCCAAGAAGCUUCAGGGUUUGGAACCAAUAAAAGUUAACUGGGUUUAACAAAGUCAGGGUUUAGAACCACUGCAAAAAAAAAACAAAGCUCAACUGAGUCAAACGAAAUAGAUAUAGAUAUAUGGAGUGUUUAUUAAUUUAAACACAACUUUAAGAUUGAGCUCUGACGUCGAGUUUCAUGAUAAUUAUAACUAUUUUCAUAAAAUAGUAAUAGCAUUCUCAAGUAUUUAGUACCUGGAGGCGUAUAACUGGAGAGAAGUGUGUGUGUAGAGAUUUGAAUGAUAUUUCUCUAAAGGUAUUAGGAUGCACUAAGGGUAUUUAAAAAUGUUUUAACCAAAAUAAAAAAAAAAACAUUUAUAAAAAAAAAAAAAGGGGAAAGAGGUAUUCUUAAACCUCCUAUUAGGAAAAGUAACUACGUUAGAUAGAAUUGGGUUUAUUAAAACUAAAUAUAAAAGACAAUAAUCUCAAAUCAAAACUCAAAUAAAAAAAAAUAGAUAAAUAAAAGAGAUAUAGAUUAAAUAAGUUAAAUAGGAAUUAGGAACAUUUUUAUUUUUUCUCCCGUACCAGUAGAACUUUUGGUCUGCAAAGAAAAAUGGGUUUAAAUAUCAGUAAAGAAGGGAAGAGGAAAGAUUCUGUAAAUUCACCACAGCCUACCUCUCCUAAUGUGCAGUACAUGAUAACGAAUUAUGGCAAAUGUUGUACUGAACAAUUCAGCGAAUGGAUUGAGGAUUGUGGCUUUCCGAGCACAGGAAGUUUGAAUCAGUUACAGCAACUCAAAAUUAAACUGCUUGUGAAAGAAGAGCGGAGUAAAGAGGAUAAGCAAAAAAGAAAAAAGAAUAAAAAAGUUUUUGUACCGAAUUGGGCAGCAUAUGAAUGUUGGGUCACAGAAGCAAAUAUCAGAGAUAGAAAGCAGAAGGCAGGGACUGAUGUUGUCUCCAAGUGUCAGUUUCUCCACUUAGAUCCUGAUCUCAACUCAGCUCCGCCAAAGGGAAGACCACAGCCGUCAGCGGUGCUGCAUGGGGACCAGCCGAGCGCUCAGCCGCCACCGCUGCAGACGGCACAAGCGGCAGUUCCAGCCGUCUCUCAACUCUACCCAGACCUCGACCUCCCUGCUGCGGAGGGAAAAGACAGCCCUCCAGCCUAUAGCACUCCGUGGUCGGCAGCUCACACUCCGAAGCGCACCCGAAGAGGCACAGAUUACGGUUUAAAAACAUCCUUACAAGCACCGAUGGUGGAGGUGGCCUCAGGAGAUGGUAACACUCAGCUGAUUUACAGACCAUGGACAUUCACGGAAAUGAAGGAAUCUACCAUUUCAUUUCUCCCACAAGUUCUAAGUGGGGGAACACAGUAUGCAGUGCAAUUAGAAGCUUUUUGCAAACAGUUUAAACCAACGAGUACUGAACUGCAGAGACUGUUGAUGACGCAGAUGGGGAUUCAGUUUUCCAAAGUGACGAGAGUUUUCCCCGCACGGGAGCAGAGAUUGGUGAAUCCAGACUGGGCCCAUGCUGAUAACCAUGGAUAUGGACAAUUCAUAACUGAUCUGUGUGAGGAAAUAAGACAACAGUUUCCCGCAAGAAUGGACAUGAGUAAAAUUUCCAUGUGUAAACAAGGUGAAGAUGAGACUGUGACCGAUUAUCUCCACAGGCUCUCAGAGGUCCACACUGCAAAUAGUGGCCUCGAGAGGCCGAAUGCCAUGGGGGGGCAGAAUCCUAUCACCCCGUGGGAAGCUCACUUGAGGGAUCGCUUCAUCCACGGCGUCAGACCGGAGAUCAGUGAGAUGGUGAAAACAAACUGCAUCGCCUGGGAGUCUGCAACUCUCGGGAAAGUCGAGUUACAUGCCACCCAUGCUGAAAAACUCUUGAACAGUAAGAAAAAGAAAGAGAAGUCUGAGUUUACAGAGCGGCUACAAAUGGCGCAGCUGGCGGCAUAUCAAACGCAAGGCCGCGGCAGAGGGAGAGGUCGAUGGAGGGGAAGAGGAAGGGGACGUGGAAGAGCUGACGCUUGUUUCAUAUGUGGCAAAGUUGGACACUGGGCGAGGGAUUGCCCUGAUAAUCCGCACACACAGUGUGAUUGACUGGCGGGGGAGCUGAGGACAGAUCCGGAUCCGAGUGGUGAAAACGUUGAGACGGAGAGGAAGUUUCAACACUCACAUCAAUAUCAUUAUACUCACUAUUAUGUGCCAUCCAGACAUAAGCGUUCCACAGUAAGAGUGUCUCCAGGAGAGAAAGGAUUCGGAGGACUCUUCCCUUGGUGGGGAACUGUGAACAACGCACACAAGAUAGAUGGGAUUGCUAUGGAACUGGAAAAUCUAACAGCCCUAGUGGGGGCAGGUUUCUUAUCUCUUUCUCCAAGUAUUCAGGGUAUCAGGAAUGUGGCUCUGCAGAAUAGAGUGGCUUUGGAUUUGAUGCUCGCAAGUCAAGGGGGUGUUUGCCACAUAAUUGGGACAGAUUGCUGCACAUACAUACCUGACAUUUCUGAUAAUAUGACGCAUAUAGUUUCCCACUUAAAUGACCUAUUGUUUGAACAGAAGAGCAAAGACUCUCAAAUUCCUGAAGGAUGGAAUUGGGGGUCAUGGUUAACAGGUUGGAAAAAUGUACUGUUGAAAUUUUUGACGCCUAUUCUGAUUUCAUUUUGUGUAUUAGUGUUGUUUGCAUGUUUUAUUGUUCCUUGUGUUAAGACUAUGGUAACUUCCCUCAUUAAGUCUAUGAUUGGGCAAUAUGUUCAACUUCCUGAAACUAAUCAAUCCUGGACGCUUCCCUUCCAGGAUGAUGAGAUGAUUUAAAAUUGUAUAGAGGAUGUUGAGCCUUGAAGUCUCAAAGUGGGGAAUUGUGACGGGAAUUUUACCAUUUGGGCAUUGAUUGAUGGAAGGAACUACUUUGAUGUAUAGAAAGAUGAGCAAAUGCAGUCCCUUAGGAAUCAGGGUGUUUUGCUUAAGCAAUUGAUGGUUAUAUUACUUCCUAACUUACAGGGUCACUUAACAAACACUUCACAGGGAGGGGGAUGUUAGUGGGUUGUAAAACACUGAUAAGCGAUCCUUGAAAACAGAUGUUUGACUCGAGGGGCUUGAGACCAAGUAGAAGACAGGAUACUGAUCACCUAUUUCUAAGGAUCAAAGAGGUUAAUUGAUAACAUGUGUUCCUCUCCAGGAGGAGCUUGUAACUGUAUAAGAGGGAUGUGUGUUCUGUAUGUCAUUGCUCAUUGUAUGAAAUCUUUGCCAUGGUCUUGUACACUGAUGCCCAUCUGCAGAUGCUGAAUUAAACUACCAGAAAGAACAAUUGCAAUGACUUGUGCUUGACUAUAGAGAAAAUUCUACGACAAGACAUACCCCAAAAGACUUGCAGCUGUAAUUGCAGCGAAAGGGGGUUCUACCAAGUAUUGACACAGGGGGGUGAAUACUUAUGCACCCAACAGAUGUCAACUUUUUUGUUCUCAUUAUUGUUUGUGUCACAAUAAAAUUUAUUUUGCACCUCCAAAGUACUAUGCAUGUUUUGUUGAUCAAACGGGAAAAAGUUUAUUUAAGUCUAUUUGAAUUCCAGUUAGUAACAGUACAUAAUGGGAAAAAGUCCAAGGGGGGUGAAUACUUAUGCAAGGCACUGUACGUCUACAGACUGGAGAAGAUUUGGACAGAGGUCCACAAAGAACUUAUGACCCAGAAAAGGCAAAGAGACAUUUCAAGCUUCACCUGAUUAGUUUUUCACUGGCUGGGCCAGUUAUGUUUGUACAAUAUUUGUACUGUAUGUAAAUAAAGCUUUGACUCAACAUA